AUGUCUCACGAGGCCAAUAUCGAUACACACAGACCUAAACCCAGACCGAUUACCAAGAAACGGUGCUUGGGGCACAACGAUCACAACCUCUCUACCGAGACAGCCCAAUCCUCCAUGACAUCCCAAUGCAAUGCCCUGUGUGACGUGCAAAACGAGUGCUCAAAUCACGAAAGUCCUCCACGACGCAGACGCCGAAGCGGACGUUACCAGGUACCGGGCGAGGAUGAAGUGGAGACAACCGUGAGUGAGAAGAACAACAAGAAGCAACAAGACCAACACCGCAGUGUACAUUUCAGCAAGCCCAUAGCCCAGGUACCGGGCGAGGAUGAAGUGGAGACAACCGUGAAUGAGAAGAACAACAAGAAGCAACAAGACCAACACCGCAGUGUACAUUUCAGCAAGCCCAUAGCCCAGGUACCGGGCGAGGAUGAAGUGGAGACAACCGUGAAUGAGAAGAACAACAAGAAGCAACAAGACCAACACCGCAGUGUACAUUUCAGCAAGCCCAUAGCCCAGGUACCGGGCGAGGAUGAAGUGGAGACAACCGUGAAUGAGAAGAACAACAAGAAGCAACAAGACCAACAUCGCAGGGUACAGUUCAGCAACCCCAUAGCCCAGGUACAGUUCGUGUCCAUGUCGGAAGACUCCAGGGAGGCACGCUCAUCAUAUUGGACGCGGGUUGCAGUUCAUGCCAAACAGUUCCAAAUGAGGUUACUUCAGGUAGAGCCGUCAAUAUGUAGAUGUCUAGACGAAAAUCACCGGGACCGCAUGAGGAACUAUAUACGGGUUAGGCUCGAGAGCGAUUGUCACUGAGCGCUCCUCUUGGGAAACCUUAUCUGGGCACAGCAAACUCUGCCCAGUCGAUCACUGUGACAUCAACUCGCUCUGCGCUCUCAUCAAACCCACCUCGGAUAACCCAAGCAGGCCUCCUAUACACUCCUACAUCGCCACCAGUAAUCUACACCAGGAUCAC